GAUGUUUCAAAUUCACUAAUUUAUAUUAGCUUGUUGUUACGAAACACUCAUCAUUUGUGACAUAAUUUUUUCAUUUUUUUGUGAAAUAUGUGGGUGAAUAAUGUUUUAUUUUCAAUAGGAACAUUAUGCAUUUUAUAUCUAAUUAAAUCAUCUGAAUGUUAUGAAAUUAUAUUUCAACGCAAUAACGAUUUUUAUGAUAAGAGAAAUUGGUUGGGUCACGUACCUCAAAAAAAAUGUCAGGGAUUAUUCUUGGAGCAAUUUUACGGUACUACGACUUUCAAGACUUUGGAAAUAGAACAGAUGGUAUUUGGAAAAUUGAACGAUAUUAUACUAAAUGACGAUACGGAGAUUAUAUUUGACGAUAAUACAAAAUCGGAAAUGAAUUGCGUGGCGAUAAAUGGCUCGGAAGUAGAACUUCACCAAUGGACAAAUUUUGAUAAUUGGUUAAAAUCGGGUGUAAACAACGAUAAUAUGGCGAUUCCACAUUUGGAAAAACUUCCUUGCGUAUACGACGAUGUAAUUUUCCCGAAGGGAUACUUAAGUGGGGCUGUUGUUAUUUCGAGUCAAGUUUCUAUAAAGAGUUUCAAAUUCGGCGACGAAUAUUACGAGGAAUCGGAAUUUGUGGAACUUGAUAGCGAUUCUACACUCAGCAAUAUUAUAGUUUUCGUUAGAGAUGGCGAAAUCAACGUCAAUAAUCGUCAAUGCGAUGAUGAUUCCGGUUGCGUAUGCGGAAACGAAUUGUAUUACGGCGAAGCGUGUGAUGUUUUUGACGUACCAGAUACCAUCGAAUGUAAUCAACCCAUCUUACCAAUUGGGUUUUGUUACAAAAUAUGCGGGUCAACUAUUAUUUUCGAACCAAAGCAAGAUUUCGAAAUAGCUCGGAUGGAAACCAGAUUGAAAAGUUACACGUCGGAUACGCAUAUCAGUAAAGUGAAAAACGAAAACGGCGACGAAGUCAUACAAAUUAUUUUCACCGAGAAACAAUUCACCGGAAAUAGUAUCGAAGAAGCUCAACGUUUCCAUCAAAUACUUAAAGAUGAUAAAACGAUCGAAUAUGAAAAAUCGGAAUUUUUGACGUCUUCGUACCCGAACCAGAAUGGAAAAAAUGCAACAAACGCUAUAUCAAUAAUUUUCGGUUCGCUAUUUAGUGCAUGCGUUAUAUUUGCAAUGGUUCUGUAUUUAUUCGGAGACAACGAUAAAACUAAACGGUUUCGAGAACGUGUUGGUCUCGGUUCCAGGCCUCUUACUUAUAAAUCAGUAUUCUUUUCGAGAAACAGUAGUAUCAGUGAAGGUACUGGAUUGAUAGGAGAAGGACAUUUGGUUGGUAGUUCAAUGCCAAAUAUACCGAAAACGUUCGAAAAUCCUAGUUUUUCGGAAUUUACAAAAAAAUCGUCUUCCACAUCGAGUUCUAAUGCCAGUUCAGCUGAAGAUUUAACAAAAGAAACUGGUUUAUUGAAGAAACCUAAUGAUUUAACGGAACCGCAGGUGUUUGAAGAACAAACGCGAAGACAUUUGAUUGAAACAGUAGCCGAAGAAGGAGAAUUGGUGGAUUUAUCUGAUAUGAGUUAAAAUUUUUAAACUAGUUUUAUUAAAAUAUCGAUCUAU